GCGCCAGAUAUCUGAUGUGAUUUUAUUUCUUGUUUCGCCGAGUGUUUUUCGUUGUAUUUUGCUUUGUUUCUAAAUUUGUCUAUCAAAGCCAAAAAAAAUUGUAAAAAAUUUAUUUUAACUUACUGGGCACGCAUCUUUCGGGAAACUCUUCAAGAAACGCCAUUUGGUAGUUAUUUACUUGGCUUUAAAAAGUUCUAGGUUAAAAACCAUGGCCGACACACAGACGCAGCAGCAUCCCGACCACCAUGACGAGGAUGUGCACGAUACCAACUACCAGGCGCCGCCGGAGAAGACCAUCGAGGAGAUUAUGGCCGCUGAUCAGGAAGACGAAAGCUUGCGACGUUACAAGGAGGCCCUCCUGGGUGCCGCCCAGACCGAAAAGAUCAUUGUUGAUCCCAAUGAUCCUCGUAAGGUGAUUGUCAAGAAACUGGCACUUGUUGUGGAGGGACGCCCCGAUAUGGAAUUGGAUCUUACCGGUGACCUUAGUCAGCUUAAAAAGCAGCUAUUUGUGAUCAAAGAAGGUGUUCAGUACAAGGUGCGCAUCGAUUUUAUCGUGCAACGCGAAAUUGUCCAUGGCCUUAAGUAUGUGCAAAAGACUUCUCGGUUGGGUGUGAACGUUGAUAAAAUGAAGCACAUGGUUGGCUCCUAUCCCCCGAAGAAGGAAAUCCAAUUCUAUUUGACGCCCGCCGAGGAGGCGCCCUCCGGUACUUUCUCCCGCGGCACGUACUCGGUCAGUUCGGUUUUCACGGAUGACGACAAGCAUAUACACCUGGAGUGGGACUGGACCUUUGAGAUCAAAAAGGACUGGAACUAAGCACCCAUACGGCACACCGCACCAACUCAUAAACACACACACGACAUACACUUAUUGUUUCUCCCCAUGUCUUGUAAAUGAGUUUAUUUUCGUUCCAAAAAUGUAAGCAAGAGUUUCCAAAAUCAAAUCGAUUGUCAAGUAUUUUUGUUAAUGGUAUUAAAUUUUAAAUAUUUUUGUAACUAAAGUGUAAUGUAAAGCCAUGAUAAGUAUUUUUGAUACCCAAUGCUAAUGGAAUGUGUGUUAGAUGAGGAGAGCAUGUAUCGCCAGAGUCCUCAUAAAGAGAUCAAGUCAAGUCGGAAUCAAGUCAAGUCACUAGGUCAGUCAGUCAGUCAGUCGAUUCGUUCUAAAUGCCAUUGCAUAUAAUAUGUUUAACAUACAAUUUCAAACGGAAUUAUACUGAGUAUGCAUUUUCGCUACUUAAUUAAAGCUAAUGAACGGAAUACUUUAUGUUAAAUGUAAGAUUAAAUACCCCGAAAUAAUGGGAAGCAAAUGCCCAAAGAUGAUUUCCCCUCUACUGUACGCAGCCAUCUAAUCAAGCAAUUCAAACUGUUAAACGUAACUAAAGCUGAUACUUAAAAGUGCAUUUGAUAUAUCUGUAAAGCAUGAAAACUAAAAGCAACAACUACACUGAAACCAGCAUUAUUCUAACUACUGAACUAUCUCUGUGUAUUUUUGUGUAAAAUUUAAGCGAAUGCCGAUUGAAUGCAACCGAAGAGCAAUAAAGGAUACAAAAUAUUUACAUCUA